GAUUAGUUUCACCGUGAUUUCUGUUGUUUUGUCGUGAUGCUGUUUUAAUACAAACUGUUAGAAAUGCACUUUCUGUAAAUGUUUUUGAAUCAGGUCAGUAAAUACCUGUAACAUUCUCAUCCUCACAGUCGUUUUGAAGCAAGCAGGAAUAUCUGGAGGAGUAUCAUCUGAACUGAGAUCUGCUGCUGUGAAGAUGGUGUUUGUUAAAGAGGAGAGUGAGGAGAACAUGAGUGAACCAGAAACCUGGAGAAUAAAACACGAGGAACCAGAAACCUGCAGAAUAAAACACGAGGAACCAGAAACCUGGAGAAUAAAACACGAGGAACCAGAAACCUGCAGAAUAAAACACGAGGAACCAGAAACCUGGAGAAUAAAACACGAGGAACCAGAAACCUGGAGAAUAAAACACGAGGAACCAGAAACCUGGAGAAUAAAACACGAGGAACAAGGAGAGCUGAUUGAAGAAAAUGAGGAGAAUGAAGAUUUGAGUGAAGAGGAGAGAAAUCAUGUGAAAACUGGAGAAAAGCCUUUGAGUUGGUCUCAAACGAAACAGGAAGAUUUAAUGAAAAGAGCAACCAAGAAAUCUUUCACCUGCACUCAGUGUGGAAAGAGUUUCACACGCAAAACAAGUCUUGAUGUUCACAUGAGAGUUCAUACUGGAGAGAAACCGUUCACUUGUGAUCAGUGCGGGAAGACUUUCACACAAUCAUCAAACCUUAAGAAUCACAUGAAUAUCCACACUGGAGAGAAACUGUACAAGUGCUCACACUGUGAUAAGAAAUUCAGUCGGUCAGGAGACCUAAAAACACAUGAGAGCAUCCACACUGGAGAGAAACUGUACACAUGUGAUCAAUGCGGCAAAACAUUUUCGAGGGCUUCAUACCUGAGAACACACCUGAAAGUUCAUACAAAGGAGAAGCCACAUUCAUGUUAUUUGUGUGGAAAGAGUUUUUCUUGUCUACAGAAUUUGAAAGUACAUCAGAAAAUACAUACUGGUGUGAAGGAGUACAUGUGCUUUGAGUGUGAAAAUACUUUUACUUCAGCAAACAGUUUAAAACUGCACCAGAGGAUCCACACUGGAGAGAAACCUUAUGAAUGCUCACACUGCGACAAAAGAUUCAGUGUGUCAUCACAUCUGAAAACGCAUGAGAGGAUUCACACUGGAGAAAAACCUUACAAGUGUUCACACUGUGACAUUAGAUUCAGUCAUUCAGCAACUCUGAAAACACACGAGAGGAUCCACACUGGAGAGAAACCGUAUCACUGCACUGAAUGUGGGAAGCGUUUCAAUCAAUCAUCUUCUCUACACAGACAUACAAAAAAAUAUCACAGUAAGGAGAUCAUCUUCAGAUCCAGCUCUUUCAGGUCCGAUGAGUGUCCUCAACAAAUAAUGCAUUAAACAAUAAAAUAUCAUCUGGAUAAAUCUGUCCUAACCAGACAUUACAAGUGACAUGACAAAGAAACAUCAUCUAAAGUUUUCACAGUGACUAAAGUUCAUCUUCAUCUUCAAAACCAGCAGAUUCAACUGAGAUUCAGAUCAACUCAAAGAUGGAGUUCCUCCCCAAAGAACAAUGUCAGAAAGUUUUAUUAAGGUGUAUCAAUGUACAUUUACUGCCAGUUCUGUGUAAACUAUGGCACGCAAAGUUUUUUUAUGUAUUUAUUUUUUAAUAUCGUGAGAUGGCAGAGUGGAAGAGAACAACAUUGUAGUAGCUGCUCACUUAAACUAUCUUGCUCGUCUCAAUCUGCUCAAUCUUGAUGUCAGUGCCCUAAAUGAUGUUAUAAUGGACUAUUACUAGAGGAGUCUAAUGACAGUUUGUUAUAUGCACAGGUGCGCAAACAGUUGCGCUUGCUUUUCUAAAUGUAAACUAAAAGGUACACUAUUCACACUGUCUAAAAAUACAAGGGGUGAUAAAAAUUCAGAGACUAUGCCUAUGAUAAACAAGGGAAACUGUCUUCUUCAGGGUAACGUUAGUCUGUUUGUGUAAUGAUGCAGAAUAGCGCUCCUGACAGACAGCUCUCAUUCUUAAAGGGAGCACCAUUUUCAUAUCGCUAUGCAUUACUUUCAUUUAUUUCAAAUGGUGACAGCAUGAAAUAAAACUACAAGUUUAGAACAAAACUACAAGUUACAACCCCAAACUGGUUAUGUAUUAAGUCCAGCAGUAAAUCCAGAGUAGAACAAGAGAAGAAUUGGAGAGCCUGCACGCUGUAAUCUGUGAUGUUUUAUGAACAGAUAUAAACUUAAUGCUCAAAUGUUUGCAAGUGUUCUGUAUUCCUCGGGGUCAUUUUGUAUCUUUUACAUCAUGUCCAGUGACUAAAAUAAGUCUUUUACCAGCAAAGUGACUUUUACUUGUGAUACAUGACUGUUGUCUUUCUAUUUUCAUUGCCUCACUUUAAAGCCGUUUUUCCAUUAUGAAAUUCCAUUCCUAAAAAUCAUAGCUAUUAGCCAACUUCAGAUAGCCAUAACUUUUGUUAUGUUCAUAUGGUAUGAAAACCUAAAAAAGGUAAAAUUUCACCAUGUGGUGGGUUUUCCUAGAUCGCAUCACAUAUUUUAUCAACAACUUUUAUUUUCUGCUAAUUGUAUUUGCAUUAAGAAAAUGUUUGCUUUUUGUGCUUUCUGUUUUAAAUUUCUCAAUAAAGCUUCACUGUCAUUGUAUUUUUCUGCACACAAUGAAAUUAAGAGCACUGUUCCUGACUUGUUAGAAAACAAACAUAUGACCUUUGCCUUAGUGCAUUUUUGAGGUAAAGUCCUGACAGCAAAUGGAAUGAAACUGUCCUGUAAGCGAGUACUUCUUGUUCUUAAAGAUCUGUGAGAUGCAGUACACUAGAGAUUCAGUGUGUUGUAGCAAUAAGUUUCUAUAAUCUUUUCUGGCAAGGAAUUGACUCGGGUCUUCGUUCAAACUUCAACUGUUUACUGAAAGUUCUCGUACAACGAACAGAAACAAAUAAAACUCCGGUCAAAAAACUGUGUUGCUUCGU